AUCCCAGUGGGUGCGAUUUUUCCUUUCUCCCUCACGAACCAAAGAUGAAAAACAAAGCCAUCAACCUCAACCAAAACCAAGGCUUCUUCAUUCUCUCUCUCCUCUCUCUCUCAUGUCAUAUCAUAUCAUGCAAGAAUUCCAAACCCUAACCCCCUUCGCCACACGUCAUUGGCUUCCCGCUUCCCCUUCCCUUAUACCCCAUCUCUCAUUCCUUCAUUCUUUCAAUCUCCUCCUCUUUUUUUUCUUCUUCCCUUGAAAACCCCACCUAUCUGUGCCAAUAAUCCAUGUUUUUUACUUGAUUACUUUUGGGUCUUUAUUCAUUUUCCUCGAUUUCUCCCCCCUCCCGCUUCUGGGUUCAAUCCAGUUUUCUGAUUUACAGAGUAAAUCACCCAAAUGGCUAGUGGGGUUCAUGAAACUGGGUUGGUAUUGUUCUCUAGCGAGGAGCUGAGUGAAAUGAGUGGGGUUAAGUGCGGUGGAGAUUUUGUGGAGGUAACUUGUGGCUGUACCAGUCAUAGAUAUGGCGAUUCUGUUGGGAGGCUAAGGAUUUUUGUUAAUGGUGAACUUGAAAUCACCUGCGAAUGCACUCCUGGUUGUCAUGAAGACAAGUUGACUCCUGCUGCAUUCGAGAAGCAUUCCGGAAGAGAAACUGCUAGAAAAUGGAAGAACAAUGUAUGGGUCAUAGUUGAUGGAGAUAAGGUUCCAUUGUACAAGACUGUUCUCCUCAAGUACUAUAACCAGGCGCUAAAAAGCACCAAUGGAUCUGGUAGAUCCCAAAAUGGACGAGUCUGUCACCGUGAUGAGUUUGUUCGAUGCAGUAGAUGCAACAAGGAACGUAGGUUUCGGCUUAGGACAAAAGAGGAAUGCCAAAUACACCACGAUGCUCUGGCAGAUAGUAAUUGGACUUGUGCUGAUCUACCAUAUGACAAAAUAAUGUGUGGUGACGAUGAAGAGCGAGCAAGUCGGAGAGUUUAUAGGGGAUGCAGCCGUUCGCCAACAUGCAAGGGCUGCACUUCCUGUGUCUGCUUCGGCUGUGAUAUCUGUCGCUUUUCGGAUUGCAGUUGCCAAACAUGCACUGACUUCACAAGGAACGUGAAAACUUGAUUCUGCAGAACAAUCCUUCUGCCCUGAUUAUUCCCAUUUCAUUUCUUUGUAUGAUGCUCAUCCCAUACAAUAUUUUAACGACAAACAUGUUGAACAAAAGAAAUUAGAUUAAAUUUAACCUUGUCUGUCUUUGCCGA